AUGUUCGAGGCCCUCUGCUUCUUUGAGCCAUCCCACUGGAAGGGUAUCAGCUACGCUGGGGGAGGGCUCAACACCCACCAUGACAACCAGUGCGCCAUCAAGUACGGCUCCUCUGAAAGGGACAGGGUCAUUCCCAUGACCUCCAAGGAGCUCGGGUACGCAACCCCUGAGAAGUUCAUGCUGGGGCACGGCAAGGAAGGCAUGUGGGCAGGAGCCAAGGGACCCCAUCCAAACUUGUAA